AUGAGAUAUGUAUUGCCACUUACUGUGGUAAAGUUGCUCAUUAAUCUGCGUGAACUAGACAUUUCCCACUGUGAGAUGCUGGAAGAAAUUAUUGAGCCAGAACAAGAUCGUGCAGAGAUCAAAGAAGUGGAAGAGAUAGUAACCAAGAAAGGAGGAGAAGAAAUGGCCAUGGAGAAAAUCGAGUUCCCACAAUUAAGCGAUCUAGCCUUAAGAUCUCUAACAAACUUCACUGGUUUCUGCUCUUCAAAGUUUGAAUUGGAAUUUCCUUCAUUAAUAAGAUUGUGGAUUCAAAGUUGUCGGAAAAUGAAGACUUUCUGUUCCAGACCAGUAUGUGCAUUAAAGAUUCCAAACCUAGGCCGCAUUGAUUGCUCUGAUGACAUAGUUAUUGGUUGGUCUCCAAUAAAACCCUAAAUGAAGUUACCUUGUUAUCA